GAUGACUCACAGGUAGGAAUGCAUGUGCCCUGUGCUCAGCUCCGCCUGGGAAAAGGGAGGAGCGGGUCUUGGGGGACACUAGGGAGUGGGCGGACAAGCACUGUAGGGCAUCAAUCCGGGCCACUGACCAGGCGGAGGGCAGUGUCCCAAUUAUACAGGCGUCACCUCUUCCUUGUCUCUGUCUCAGCAGCGGGGUCCUCCCUCCGCAGUGGAACCCAGGCUCUUGAUAUCCAUCUGGGUGAGCCAGCCAGAGGGACUGGCUGUGUCGGAGGCAAGCAAACAAGUAUUAGAGUGCAAGAGUGUGGGCGGGGAGAGGGAGCCCGAGCCUCCAGCAGGGAGUUUCGGAGAGAGCCCAGGAGCAUCCCGGAGAGAGCUGGGCCCUUUCUCAGCCCUAUCCUACCCCGCAGCCCCUAGCCCUCCACCCAGAAGCCCAGCCGUGUCCGACCCGCCGCUCUCCUCCUCCAGGCCGGCUGCUGCUGUGGCCAGCGUUGCCGGGGGCAGCACUUCCUCCCUCCCAUCAUGGCAGUGUACCGCCUGUGUGUGACCACUGGUCCCUACCUGAAGGCCGGCACACUGGACAACAUCUCUGUCACACUGGUGGGCACGUGUGGUGAGAGCCCCAAGCAGCGGCUAGAUCGAAUGGGCAGGGACCUCGCCCCGGGGUCGGUACAGAAGUACAAGGUCCGCUGCUCAGCGGAGCUGGGUGAGCUCUUGCUGCUGCGUGUACACAAGGAGCGCUAUGCUUUCUUCCGCAAGGACUCUUGGUACUGCAGCCGCAUCUGUGUCACCGAACCGGAUGGUACGGUGUCCCAUUUCCCCUGCUAUCAGUGGAUUGAGGGCUACUGCACCGUGGAGCUGCGGCCAGGAACAGCAAGAACUGUUUGUCAGGACUCCCUUCCCCUCCUCCUGGAUCACAGGACACGGGAGCUCCGGGCCCGACAAGAAUGCUAUCGCUGGAAGAUCUAUGCCCCUGGCUUCCCCCACAUUGUAGACGUUAGCAGCUUUCAGGAGAUGGAAUCAGACAAGAAAUUUGCCUUGACAAAGACAACAACUUGUGUAGACCAGGAUGACAGCAGUGGGAAUCGGUACCUGCCUGGCUUCCCCAUGAAGAUUGACAUCCCAUCCCUGCUGUACAUGGAGCCCAAUAUUCGCUACUCAGCCACCAAGACAGCCUCACUGCUCUUCAAUGCCAUCCCUGCGUCCUUGGGAAUGAAGCUUCGAGGGCUGUUGGACCGCAAGGGCUCCUGGAAGAAGCUGGAUGACAUGCGGAACAUCUUCUGGUGCCACAAGACCUUCAUGACAAAGUAUGUCACAGAGCACUGGAGGGAGGAUCACUUCUUCGGGUACCAGUACCUGAAUGGCGUCAAUCCCAUCAUGCUCCACUGCAUCUCCAGCUUGCCCAGCAAGCUGCCCGUCACCAAUGAUAUGGUGGCCCCUUUGCUGGGACAGAGCACAUGCCUGCAGACAGAGCUAGAGAGGGGCAACAUCUUCCUAGCCGACUACUGGAUCCUGGCGGAGGCCCCCACCCACUGCCUAAACGACCGCCCGCAGUACGUGGCCGCCCCGCUGUGCCUGCUGUGGCUCAGCCCCCAGGGGGCGCUGGUGCCCUUGGCCAUCCAGCUCAGCCAGACCCCCGGGCCCGACAGCCCCAUCUUCCUGCCCACUGACUCCGACUGGGACUGGCUGCUCGCCAAGACGUGGGUGCGCAACUCUGAGUUCCUGGUGCACGAGAACAACACGCACUUUCUGUGCACGCAUUUGCUGUGCGAGGCCUUCGCCAUGGCCACGCUGCGCCAGCUGCCGCUCUGCCACCCCAUCUACAAGCUCCUGCUCCCCCACACUCGCUAUACGCUGCAGGUGAACACCAUCGCGAGGGCCACGCUGCUCAACCCCGAGGGCCUCGUGGACCAGGUCACCUCCAUCGGGAGGCAGGGCCUCCUCUACCUCAUGAGCACGGGCCUGGCCCACUUCACCUACACCAAUUUCUGCCUUCCGGACAGCCUGCGGGCCCGCGGCGUCCUGGCUAUCCCCAACUACUACUACCGAGACGACGGCUUGAAGAUCUGGGCGGCCAUUGAGAGGCUGACCUGUUUUUCAACUCACGAGGACCCUCUUGUCCUCCAGGAGGCCUCCACUAACCACUCUGCUCCUUGUGCCCCUUUUUGUCCUGCCUGCCCUCUCCUCAAAGAGCAAGCUCUGGCCUUAGGAGCUUCUUUCUGCUUCUGUCACUGCUUCCCAAGCCGGCUGUGCACCCCAGGAGAGCUGGUGAAGUUCCUCACUGCAAUCAUCUUCAAUUGCUCUGCCCAGCACGCUGCUGUCAACAGUGGGCAGCAUGACUUUGGGGCCUGGAUACCCAAUGCUCCAUCAUCCAUGAGGCAGCCCCCUCCCGAGACCAAGGGGACUACCACCCUGAAGACUUACCUAGAUACCCUUCCUGAAGUCAACAUCAGCUGUAACAACCUCCUCCUCUUCUGGCUGGUUAGCCAAGAGCCCAAGGACCAGAGGCCCCUGGGCACCUACCCGGAUGAGCACUUCACAGAGGAGGGCCCAAGGCGAAGCAUCGCUGCCUUCCAGAGCCGCCUGGCCCAGAUCUCGAGGGACAUCCAGGAGCGGAACCAGGGCCUUGAGCUGCCCUACACCUACCUGGACCCUCCCUUCAUCGAGAACAGCGUCUCCAUCUAACCACCCCCAAAUACCACCCAAGAAGAAAGAAAGGUGCAAGCAUGAGGAGGAACAGUUCCUUAGGGUCCUCCAGACCCUUCCAUUCUCCCUGUUCUCAGUUCGCCUGAACCUUCUCGUCUGCACGUGGGGACCUUUGCAGCCAAGAUGGCUCUGACAUCAUACAAACUACGCCCUGAGCUGUGAGAGGCCAGGACAGCAGCGUCCAGGGUUACGAGCCAUUGACUAAAGUCCAGUGCACAGCAGCCCCUCCGAAAGCAAGGAACUGCUUCACUUCUUGCUGUACUUUGGGCAGCCUCUUGUUCCAGCCUUUUGGAAUGCCCAGCUUGGGUUCCUGAGCUUUUCUCCUUCAUCCUCCCCCAUCCCCAAACUCCUUCUCCUACCAUGCCUUUUCACUUUCCCUUUCCUGCAAGCCUAGGGCCAGUCAACCCAGCUUCCUUCUCUGGAAAAUCCAGGAAACGGCACAGAAAGGCUGUGUGCCUGAGUCUGACAUGUGCUUCCCUUUGUCCCCAGCACCUUUAAGGAGAGGGGAAGAAUCAGAAUGCAGCUUUUCUGGACCUCUAACUGCUAUUCUUAGAGACAGGUUCCUUGGCCUGGGGUGUUUGUGGGGAUGGAUCUCUCUCAAGCUUUUGUUCUACUCCACUUUCAUUCCAUUUUUUUUCCUUUUUGUCCUUGAGCCCAGUGAAUUCAAUAAAAAAAAAAUAUU